AUGUCCCAUCCAUCGUCACGAGCCGCGUCGCUGUUCAGCUCGCGCCCAUCCACCCCAGUCCCUAGUACGGUCUCUCGCGAUCCUGAUUCCCUCGAUGUCUGGAUUCUAGGGAGUGGACUAGCCUCGCUAAGCGCGGCCUUACACCUCAUCAGAGAGGCCAAGGUGCCUCCGUCGAGGAUCCACAUCCUCGAAGCGCUGAACGAACCAGGCGCGGGAUCGGUGAGUAAAGGGGAUGCCGAGUCGGGCUACCUCUUUCGUGCAGGAUGUACCCCUCAGUUUUGCGGGAGCCAGACGGAGGAAUUACUCGCGCUGGUGCCGUCGGAGAGGCCCGGGAAAAGCGUCUGGGAUGAUAUCCGGGAGUACUUUCAAGAACAUGUACCGAAGCGGGCGUCGCGGACGAGGUUCCUGGCUCGGCGGAAGAACGGGCUGCAGCGUAUUGAAGGACGGAGACUCCAUUUGGGGCUCAAGGAUAGGAUGGACCUAUUCCGGCUGUCGUCCAAGGCGGAGAGUGCGCUUGGCCGGUCCCGCAUUCGUGACCAUUUCUCCGAAGGGUUCUUCAGGACGGAGUACUGGUUGGCGCUGGCGACGCUCGCUGCCGAGUUCCGUCGCUUCGUCCAGCAUUUCCCGCAUGAUAUCCAGACCCAUCAUCCUCGUCCCCUGGACCGUGUCCGUUUCAACUUGCAUGACUCCGUUAUCGCCCCGAUUGCUCGCUUCCUGCAGGCAGAGGGAGCAGAUUUUCGCUUCAACACCAUCACGACUGAUAUCAUCGUCGAGCCAACACAGGAUCCUACUCGCGUGACAGCCUUGCGGACGGUGCACAAAGACGAGCGCGAGGUGACCAUUGAUCUCGACCCGCACGAUAUAAUGAUGGUCUCCAUUGGAUCCGUCUUGUCCGGUGCCUCCCACGGAUCGAACACAGAGGCACCCUCGCUGGAGAUGAUGGAGAUCGAGAAAGACCUCGACGAAAACUGGCUGUUGUGGCUGGAACUCGCGACCAAGCAUCCCAAGUUCGGCAACGCAUACAACUUUUGCACGCGACUGCACGAGUCCCGCAUGGGAUGCUUUACCGUCACAGUCAAGAAUCCGGCUAUCUUCGAGAAGAUGCUCCAGAUAAUCGGCGAUGAUCCUGAGACUGGCUCCCUGGUCACCCUGAGAGAUAGCAGCUGGUUGUUGACGCUAAGUCUGCCCCGGCAACCGCUGUUCCCGGAUCAACCGGACGGGAUUCGAGUAUUCUGGGGUUAUGCGCUUAACCCCGAGGACGAAGGGGAUUUCGUCAAGAAACAGAUACUAUCCUGCUCAGGCGAGGAGAUAAUGACCGAGGUUUUGCAUCAGCUUGAUCUCCCAGUCGACGAAAUCCUGCCUCAGACAAUCACCGUUCCAUGUGUGAUGCCGCGAUGGACGUCCAUCUUACUGCCGAGGAGUGACGGCGAUCGGCCCCAGGUGGUUCCCCGGGGAAUGACCAACAUGGCGCUCAUCGGGCGGUUUGUAGACAUCCCCGAGGAGGUGGUCACCUUGGACUAUACGGUGCGAGCAGCGCAGAUGGCGGUGAACCAGCUGAUGGGACUGGAGAGGGAGAUGAAGAAAUCGAAGAAGGGAUCUGCGGUGAAUCUGCUGGGGUUUCCCUAG